CCUUCGAUCUGGGGUGUGCCAUCAGCUGCUCGUGGCUACCACUGCUGUACCUCGGCUCGAUCGGCAGGAAUGGAAAGUCAAGAGGCUUCUAACUACCUGUAACUGUACCAGCAGGAAACAGAUCAAGUGUUUGUUCAGCCAGAUCCAGCACACAGAAAUGAUCCUGGUAAAGGAAAGACACAGAUGCAGUGUGUGAUUGGGAAAGCCAGUCAAGAUUUUAAUACUGCCCUCAGCCUGUCUGGAGUGCAGCCGCCAUGAUGUCAGCAGACUGAUGAUGGAAGGAAAGGAGGUCAGGAACGCCUGCGAUUUGCUUCCCCUGGACAAUGGAUGGAGGGCAGCCUGUCCCUUCCCCCCUGCUGCCCCUUGGGAAUGCGUCAGCGGACUCUAGCAUGUCUCUGGAGCAAAAAACAACAUUUGUCUUUGUGGUUUUGUUGUUCAUUUUCUUGGGCAUCCUCAUCGUCAGAUGCUUCCGGAUUCUUCUGGACCCGUAUCGGAGCAUGCCAACCUCAACGUGGGCCGAUGGGCUUGAAGGCCUGGAAAAGGGGCAGUUUGACCAUGCCCUUGCUUAAAGGGACAGAGCAGCCUCGCCUCCAGACAGAGUGAAAUGUAUUUCAUGCCAGAGUGCAGAUUCCCUUUUGUGGAUGCUCUUAACAAAUCAACUUUUAACAAUACCUAGUCCCAAGACCACAACUCAUGAUUCCAUAAACACACAAGUACGUGAAGGAUAUCUUAUUUGAGGAUGGUAGAAAAGGUUAUGAUAUCAACCAAAACAAACACACAACAGUCUAAAUGUCUAUUUAGUCGAUGAGUGACUAUUGUGGACUAUAUGACAGUAAAAACCAAGAAUAUCAUCACUGCCAUUGAGUUUACCCUAAACCAAAUUGCUGGCUAAUCUAACCAGACAGGAAAGGAUUUAGAAAGGAGCUGAUCCCAAUCUGGUGACUUAGGAAGAACUGGCUGCCUACUUCCACUCAGGCCUCUCAGUUUGCUCUGUGUAUCUCCUGGGCAGAGGAAGAAAGAGUGUGGUUAGAGAACUCAAGGCAGGGACUUGGUUCUGUCCAAAGCAGGGAACACUGGCAAGUAAAGAGAGGCUUAGAAGAGAUGGUUCUGACCUUGGCAGACACAAGUGGUAUCAUUUUAGUGCAAAACUGAAUGGAAAGGCUAUGUGAGAGGUUUCAAAACUUACCAGAGCUUAGCAGGCCUAUUACAUUCUCUGUCCUCAUGUUCAUACCACAGGUAGAGCUAGCUAUACGUAACGUGAAUGUACUUUGUUUACACUACCGAUUUAAAUAAUAGGUUACAAGUACAGCUGCAGGUCGCUUUCAUUAAAAAAAAAAAUAAGAAAAAGUUUAGAGAAGACUUUUAGCAUCAUCAAGAAGAAUGUGCAUUUAUAACUGUAUAUAGUCAUCAAAUAAGAAAACCUUUCAAGAAUCUGCAAUGCCUCCUCUCAGUUCACCAAGACAAAUGUGCUGGGGUGCUGUAUGGUAUGGAUUUUUCUGAGAGAGGGCGGGGGGGGGGGGUGGGAAAGAGCA